AAUCCGACAUUGACAUUAUGUGACCACACAACUGCAAUUGCAAGUCUUGGAUGGUUUGAUUGUGGUACCCAAUUUCCCAGAAAAGAAAAUUGGACUCAGUCAUAGAUAUACAAGGAAACCCAUACUGUCCCAAGUAAGAACACAGAGAAGGCGUGUGUAAAAGAGGUGGGAGAGAGUGAGAGAGAGAGAGGACAGUAAAUGACUGGAACCACCUCCAAGGGAAAGGGCAGUACCAGAUUGGAGGAAGGAUUGGGACUUCAGGACUGGAGACUGGAGUCUGAGCAGAUCAGUGCAGGGUUAGACAUCAUGGGUCGUGUGAUGGGACCCGUCCUGCUGUGGCUGCAAGAUGUGGCAGCUGUCACUCUCCUUCGAGCUCGCCGGACUCUGCUGCGAGCUGCCAUCCUUUUCUGCGUUCUGGUCUUGAUUCUCUGGGUGGCCAUCUUCCUCUACGGAAGUUUCUACUACUCCUACAUGCCCACGGUCAGCUUCUCCACGCCAGUGCACUACUACUACAGGACUGACUGCGAGUCGUCUGAGGCCAUUUGUUCUUUCCCCGUUGGCAACAUCUCUCUGUUGAAGAAUGGCCGAGAUCAGGUCAUGAUCCAUGGUCAGCCAUAUAGAAUCUCAUUAGAGCUGGAAAUGCCUGAAUCUCCAGUCAAUGAACAGCUGGGAAUGUUUAUGAUUAAGAUGUCUUGUUACUCCAAUAACGGGCAGAUUGUAUCAUCUGUAGCGCGAUCGGCAAUGCUGCACUAUCGGUCAAGUCUUCUGCAAACCCUGAGUACCCUCCUGUUCUCUCCUCUCUUGGUGACGGGGAUGGUAGAGCAGAAGCAGCUCGUUGACGUUGAGCUCUACUCAGACUACAAGACAAACUCUUAUCAACCAACUAUUGGGGCAGUGAUAGAAUUCCAAUCUCGGCGUGUACAGAUCUAUUCUGCCCAGCUUCGGAUCCAUGCUUACUUCACUGGAAUCAGGUACAUUCUCUACAACUUCCCCCUGACGUCUGCGGUGAUCGGCGUGCUCAGCAACUUCACCUUCCUCAGUGCCAUCAUGCUCUUCAGCUACCUGCAGUUCAUAUGGGGGGGGCCGUGGCCCCCGGAGCAAGUACGAGUCCGGGUCACGAUGGGUGAUUCCACUCGCUUGCAGCAGAGGAGAGAUGAGGCUCGGAAGCGCAUGGACAGAGCCUCUUCCCAGACAAGGAUCGCAGAGGAGGCGAAAGAGCCAUACAAAGAUCAGGAAACGAAAGAAGCAUUAAGUUUGAAAGAGACUGGGGAGCUUGAAACGCCUGAUGUGAUCGGUUCUGUGAACGAGACAUUUGAGGACACAGGCUCAACUAUGGAUUCGUCUUCUGACGAUCCCCCGGUGUUCCUGGAGGUCCCCCAGGCCGCUGGGACUAACGUGAGUGCGGAGGAGCCUGAGAAUCUGAAUGGCCUGGAGGGUAAAGAUACCAGGAGGAACCUCGCGGAGGGACCCCAGGUGCCUCAACAGGGUGAAACCACACUUCGCCAGAGACAGGGCCCCUGGAUGAGCCUGUGAAUCACGAGACAGUGCUCAGAUGACUACACGAUCAGGGGUUCCUCAACGAGAGAGAACAAAAACCCGGACUUGUCAACAGCAAACAAAGACUAUUGGGCACUAACAUACACGCAAGAUGCACGUGCAAGUUUUUCCUUUUAUCGGCUUGGCAAACUUGUUUAUUUUCCUGUCUUGAUGACAAGUUUACCUCAUUCAAAACCUUAACCUCAGAUCCUGUGUUACGCUUUUCAUGUAUGUAUUCAGGUCCUAGAUAGUUCUGAAGGGACAUGGAUGAAUUUAUGCUACUUGUAUUUAAACAACCAGCCAAGACAUGGCAGGUUAUCACUUUGAUGAAGCCAAUUCCCUACUGUUACCAACAGGCCUCUUUUAAAUGAUUAUUUCAUUACUUGUGCUUUGGGUAUUCUUUAGCCUGAAUUAUUUACAUAAUUAGGAUACAUUUUAGAUGUGGAUGAAGCUACAGAAAAAAAUUAAAUAUCUUGUUGGAAGCCUUACAUUUGUGCAAAACUCUAGAAAAACAAGAUUCUUAUUCACAUCAGCAUCAGUGUUACCUUUUGGUUCUAAAAUCAGUUUCAGAUUUUUACUAGGCCUACAGCGUUUUGUCAUAAGUCCUAUUCUUGAGGACUUAUUCUUCACUUCACAGUCAUUAUACGUAUUCUUAGUUUUUAGGGCCACUUUGUUAAAACGAUUGUAUUUGUCUUUUGUCUAAUUCAUUUCUAGGUUUUAUAUAGAUGCUUACAUUAGGAAGGAUGUGUUAAGUUCAAAUGGAAGUGUAAUGGGAACCAUAUUUGUUAGCGUGGCAGUGGCCUUGUUACGUGGUAUUUUCUUGGAUGUAAUGUUUUCGUGCUUAACUUAUGCACUUGUGGACAAUGAUAAUCAUAUAUUGACUCGUAUGAAUGAAAAUAAAGUAAUAUUAUGAAGCAAGUAGAAAUAAAUAUAUUGUAUCCAAUGUCACUGAUUAAUGACCUAGGUCCUCCCUAGCUACUAAAGGUGAACUAAUGGUACACGAAAGAGCAGUUCUUGUAAUGCAUCUUUAUUAAAAUCUGUCCUGGUUCUGCUUAA